UCGUUGUGGGUAUCCGCUGUUGUCAGUACGAAGUAGAAAGAGUAGGAUGCGGUAUCGCACAACGUUAUGGUACAUCUCGUGGCCGCGACUUCGUGAGAAGGUCGUCGAGAUAAUGAACGCAUCUUGUUAAGAGAAAUGCAGUAUAUAGUAUCACGCGAGUGCAGGGUAGGCUAACCUAAAGCGAGGUGUUGGUGGCUUCGUCAAAGGUGUAGAAGUGUAAAAGUGCGCGGGACUCGUAUCGAGAGCGAGUACCAAGGAGUCCCGGUGUCGUGGGAUAUGCACGGACACGUCAAGAUGUCGUCGGGAGGACAUAGCAGUCGUACUCGAGCCGUGCACAUAAGUUCAAUUUUCCAGAAGCUUCAUGGUCGUUUCGCUGAUCCUAUGACAUUACCGAAACUUUCGACCGACAAGCGAAUGCUGGAUAAGACUUGGAAGCUUAUGGACAAGGUAGUCAAGUUAUGUCAACAUCAGAGGAUGAAUCUAAAAAAUUCACCACCGUUCAUACUGGACAUUCUACCGGAUACGUAUCAACGAUUGAGACUGAUAUACAGCAAAUACGAGGACAGGAUGCAGGUGUUACAUAGUAACGAACACUUUUGUGUGUUCAUCAACAACCUUAUGAGAAAGUGCAAGCAAGCCAUCAAAUUGUUCAAGGAAGGCAAAGAAAAGAUGUUUGACGAAACUUCCCAUUAUCGUAGAAAUUUAACCAAGCUCAGUCUUGUGUUUAGCCACAUGCUAUCCGAAUUGAAGGCCAUUUUUCCAAACGGAGUGUUUGCCGGACAUAAAUUCCGUAUUACCAAGGCAGAUGCAGCCGAGUUCUGGAAAGAUAGCUUUGGAAUCAGUACGUUGGUUCCAUGGAAGGUAUUCAAGGAUAAGUUAAAUGAAGUUCAUCCAAUUAGUUCUGGAUUACAAGCCAUGGCAUUAAAGUCAACGAUAGAUCUCACGUGCAAUGAUUAUAUUUCUAACUUUGAAUUUGAUGUAUUUACGAGGUUAUUCCAACCAUGGUCUACACUUCUUCGUAAUUGGAAAAUUCUGGCUGUGACACAUCCUGGAUACGUAGCUUUUCUUACUUAUGAUGAAGUGAAAGCACGUUUACAAAAGUAUUGUAGUACUAGACCUGGAAGUUAUGUAUUCAGAUUAAGUUGCACAAGGUUAGGACAAUGGGCUAUUGGUUAUGUCACGUCAGAUGGGGAUAUUCUUCAAACGAUACCUCAUAACAAAAGUCUUUGUCAAGCAUUAUUAGAUGGAUAUAGGGAAGGAUUUUACUUAUAUCCCGAUGGCCGUAAUAUAAAUCCAGACUUAACUUGGGCAGUUCAACCCACUCCAGAAGAACAUAUAAAAGUCACAGCAGAACAAUAUGAAUUGUAUUGUGAAAUGGGUAGCACAUUCCAGUUAUGUAAAAUUUGUGCAGAAAACGAUAAAGAUGUGAGGAUAGAACCUUGUGGACAUCUUCUUUGUACUCCAUGUCUCACAGCUUGGCAGGAUUCUGAGGGACAGGGUUGUCCAUUUUGUCGAGCUGAAAUUAAAGGAACUGAACAAAUAGUAAUUGAUCCGUUUGAUCCACGAAGAACACAUCGACCGGGAACACAAUCAGCAUCUGCUAGUAAUGCAUCGACUCCCACGCGGGACCUUGACCCGGACACCGAGGAAAUCAUGGAUCUGUGCAACGGACACUGCGGGCUGAUGUGUUACGAUUCGGACGAAGAAGAAGACUCCAGCCCAACGAAUUCACCGAUUCCAACUCGAAGGAUUGUACCGAGUCCACCGCUACCUCCUCGACGACCUUCUCCAUCACCCACGCCAAACAGUCAUUCGAGGAAUGGUCGUCAUUUAACUGUUCCGAAGGAAAAUGCUCCUCCACCGCCGAUGUCUACAGUCAACACGGUAUUCAACCCCAAUAACGACAAUCAGCAAAACAAUAAUAUGAACUCCGAAGCAGGAUACGAUAUGCUACAUCGCGCUUCUUCACCCUCUCCAGUGCCACCGAUACUUCCUACGUCAUUUACAGUGGCUAGAAGCCAUGUUCGUCGAUCACAAGGAAAUCAUUUAGCCGCGUCGCAACCGCAACCACCGCCGACAUUACCUGAAAAACCGAAUCGUGCUAGCAGUGGGUCUUCGUCGACGACCAGCCAAGUUUCGUCCAGCAAUAACGUACCACCGGUUCCGCCGCCAUUGUCAAUGCCACGACCGCCGAAAACGACCAGUAAAGAGACCAACAGACAGGAUCAUCAUUACGAAAACACAAUCGUGAUACCUGGUACAAGACAACACGUCGUGAGGAACAUUAAUCUGGAAGCGAAUACAGCUCGAUUGUCCGCCCUGAUGAGAGGUAAGGACGAUCCUACCGGUUCCUCUAAGCCAGAAUCCGCGGCAUAUGAGAACGUGAACGUCGAACACAUUUCCAAGCUGACAGCUCUCGGAUUCGCGCAAGACACCGUGAUUAGAGCCCUCGGUAUUACUAGGAACGAUCUUGAAAUGGCUUGUGACAUACUGCACGAAUUUGCCACGAAAUCGUCUUGACCAGGAUUGAAUACCGAGGAACUGUAAUUGGCUCUACUUGCCGCACUUUUGACGAGCAUUAUGCGUAGAAACGUGUAGAACUUGCUAUCACAGAUUAUUGGGAAAACCAUCUUUUCCUUCCUCGCACUCAGGCAUCGCGUAAUUCAAGCAACGCACGGACCGAGAGCCAAUAUAUAAAGAUUUCCUGUCCAGUUAAUCCGCAACACACUCGAUCGUUUUUGCACGCAUCGUGCGUCAAUGUUUCUUCAACCUUGCUACUCGACCGAACCAUCUUCGCAGAAGAUAUUCUGAAAUACCAGUGUAUUUCUUUCCCUUACACGUACUCGAUACACACAACCGAUACAAAUAGAAGAAGACUGCUUAAAACUGCGAGAAGGCGCGACAAAUGUUACAAAUGUAAGUAAGAGUUAAACUUUACGAGAAUAGUUCGCGGCCGCUGAGUACAAAGUCUUUCGUUUCCCGCGAUCGAUGCAAGCGAAAAUUGCUGUCACAUAUUUCCCUAAGUAGUUCUCCAUCUUGCGUAUAGAGUAACUAAAUUUUUCAAUCUACUUAAGGCAAGAAUUUAUAUUUACGUUUUUAAAGAAAGCAUUCGCAUGCAAUUACGCAAUUGUACA